UCCAAAUCAUUGUGUCACUACCGUUCGAAUUUUCUCUGCAGAUUUUCUGCAAAAGCAUGGCGGACGUAGACUCGCUUCAUGAUUUAAGUUCAGAUCAGAACGAAGAUCAAAGCGCUGUGGACGCAGACGUGGAAGAGGAUGAAGUUUCAGAGAGAGGGGAAGACCCAUCAUCGUCUAGAAAAAAGCACAAAAAAUUUCAGAAAAAACGUCGCGUCAAGGACAUAGAGCGGUCAAGUGGCGACUCGGUGACGGAGGACGACGAAGGUAAACCGGACGUUGUUCCGGUGCUUCCAAACAACCAAGAGCAGCACCAGUCCGGGAUGGAGGCGGACUACGAGAGCCAGGACGCCGGGGACAGGAAGACGAGCCCCUCCGGUGGGGCCGAGGGGCCGCUGUCCUCCAAUGCUCCAGAGACUUCCAUGGCAGGUCUACAGAAAAUUCAAAAAGCUGUCGAGUUAUUAUCCAUGUCUCAGGGUGCUCCAAAGAGUAUGGAGGAAGCUACAAAGAAACGCUACAGAUUUUGGGAAACUCAGCCGGUGCCAGAAAUCAAUGAGAAGAUCCAAGAUAUUAACCAGCCUAUUGAGGAGGACAAACCGCCCGAGGAGAUUCGACGCGAGCCAUACAGUCUGCCCUCGGGCUUCGUGUGGGACACCCUAGACCUGCUUGACCCACUCAUUUUAAAAGAACUGUACACGCUUCUCAAUGAGAACUACGUGGAAGACGAUGAUAACAUGUUCCGAUUCGACUACAGUCCAGAGUUUCUGCAAUGGGCCCUCCAGCCCCCUGGAUGGCGUCGAGACUGGCACUGUGGGGUAAGAGUCGCCAAGAGUGAGAAACUGGUGGGCUUCAUCAGUGCUGUUCCCGCUCUCAUCAAGAUGUAUGACAAGAAGAAGCACAUGGUAGAAAUCAAUUUCCUCUGCGUCCACAAAAAGCUGCGAUCAAAGCGAGUGGCCCCGGUGUUGAUAAGGGAGAUAACCAGGCGGGUCCAUGAGCAGGGACUGUUCCAGGCGGUGUACACGGCCGGGGUGGUGCUUCCUAAACCAGUGGCCUGCUGCAGGUAUUGGCACAGAUCACUAAAUCCCAGGAAGCUAAUAGCUGUCAAAUUCUCACAUCUGACGCGAAACAUGACGAUGCAGCGAACCUUAAAACUAUUUAAGCUACCUGACAACACCAAGACCCCGGGAUUUCGUCCGUUUACUCCUGCUGAUGUUACUGAAUCCUAUAAUUUAUUAAAAACCUAUUUAGACAGAUUUGAUUUGUCGCCCACUUUUACCAUUGAAGAAUUCCGGCACUGGUUUAUACCUCGACAAGGAAUCGUCGACACAUACGUUGUAGAGAGGAACGGUACGAUCACGGACUUUGUGAGUUUCUACACCCUCCCCUCCACCAUCAUGCACCACCCCCAACACAAGCUCCUGAAGGCGGCGUACUCAUUCUACAACGUCAGCACGGUCACACCCUGGGUCGACCUGAUGCAGGAUGCUCUGAUUGUGGCCAAAAACAUGGGUUUUGAUGUGUUUAAUGCAUUGGACCUAAUGGAGAACAAAGAAUUCUUGGAGAAGCUGAAGUUUGGCAUUGGCGAUGGGAAUCUACAGUAUUACCUGUACAACUGGCGGUGUCCUCAGAUGAACCCCCACCAGGUUGGCUUGGUGCUUCACUGAGAAUUGUUCAACAUAGACUUCUAAUUAAUUGACAAAGAUAUUUAUCAAAGUGCUUUUUCAUGAAAGAAUGUAGAGGAGACAGAAACAUUGAAAUCUCUCAGAGGAAACAACAGUCCGAAAGGGAGAGAGAGAGAGAUUCAGCACCCCACCAAAUCCUUACUUGCAGGUGUAAAUAUGUUACACAGAUGUAUAUUUCACAGGCGUAUAUUACACAGGUGUAUAUUUUACAUGUGUAUAUUACACAGGUGUCUAUUACACAUCCAUUAA